UCUGCGGGAAAGAGAGCAUACACAACUCAUUUGUAGAUACCCAUCGCAGGACAAAGGCAAAGCUUAGGCCAGCACCAGCAGCAGUAGCAGCAGCAGCACCAGCACCAGCAGCAGUAGCAGGGGAUUUCUUGGAAUUUUUGUACAGGAAUUUUGACAUUAAUAGCAGAGCAGAAUGCAUGCCAGAUUUGCCGAUUCCGAUCCCGCGUCCCCGGACAGCGGUGACCGCAUUGAAACGGAGACCCUGGAGUAUCGCAUCGAGGUGUUCAAACAGAAUCCCAAGAACAUGGCCGCACUGCACGAGAUGCUCGAUGAGGUGGUGCUGCGCGCUGAAACGGAGGCCAACAAGCGGGCUUUCGAUGGCCAGAAAUCGCAACAGGGCAAGGAGAAGCGUCCGAGUUUCGCCAUACCAGAUUUUAAGAACGGCAAGGUGGUGAAUCGUGCUCGAGGAUUUGUGGUGCGCAUCUUCGAUGCCAUCUGCAAUUGCGCCAACACCAAUGCGGCCGCAGCCACGACGCGCUUCAAGCUGAGAAGCAACAGCGGUGGAGCAGCAGGAGCAGCGGGAGGAGGAGCUUCGUCUGGUAAUGGUAAGCGCCAGCAGUCCCAGGACGAACCGGAGACCCUGGCCCUAACCAAGAAGAAGCCUUCGGCCGAGGGCAAAAAGAAGAAGGGCGUCAGCAUGGCCGAUGAUGUCCAGGCGGGCGUACGACUAAUGGACUAGGCAAGCAAUAAUCCAAUCUUGGAAUACAUAUAAUCAAAAGGAGUGGGCCAGUUCUGUAUCCCCAAAGAGCGAACCCUUCAUAAGGGAUAUCAAUUAUGUAUCAUCCUGAUCACAGUCCUCCCCCAACUUUACACCAAAUAUCGUUUAUACACUUACAUAUACAUAUAUACUCUUUCUAAUGGGCUAUUCCCAAAUGAUUUCCUUUGCUCAAAAUCGACAAACGCACAACAACAAUUUGAUACUGUCUUCCCCCUGAAGACCAAAGUCGUAGAAUCAUAUAAGAUGUAGUGGGAAGCUUUAGCUUUCUUUUAUUUUUUUGUUAUCAUUUCGUAAACCCAAAUGUGAUCCCAAAGAUACAAAACCACACGAUGAGCACAAGCAAUGUUUAAGGGAGUAAGGGAAGACAAGGUCUAUAUAGUCUAUAUGGUCGGGUCUCUACGCCCUCUUAACUCUCGAAACGAUAACGUUCUCGUUCUCCCACGCACAACACAAUCAAAUGUAGGCAUGGCAUUGCAUUGCAUUGCAUAAUACAAGUAAUAAUAAUAAUAGCGAAAGUAUCAGAUCAGAAGAGAAAAAACACUACAAUGUCAGGUUUAACAACAGGUCUCUGUCAGCACUCCACCUAAUUAUAACUGUACUGUAGGAUAAGUACGAGUAUAUUAAAUUAUAUACCAAUAUACUAUACCUAUUUAGAGUGUGUUUACGUGUGUUUUUGUUUGGUUUUUGUAGCAAAAAAAAACCCAAACCAAACAAAGGGUUCUUUAAUAAAUAUACAAACAUAAAUGUGUACUGAUUUUAUAUAUGUAUAAAGAAAAAACAUAUACAUAGUAACUACUAACUUUCAAACCGAAGAGUCAUUUCACAGGUUUCCUUAAUCGCCCAUCACCUACACGCUCUAUACACACACACAUGCAUACAUAUGUAUAUUUUUGUGAGGCCCCUUUUUGGAAAAGAUUGAUCUAUCUAUGUACAACCCACUCUAGGACCCCCAACUAAAGAAAUAACUAGCGAGAGAACUUUGUAAGCAUACACAAGUAUGUAUGUAUGUAUGUACUUGCAACAGGCAAUAGUUUUGUAUAAGAUUUUGCAUUUAUUUUGUAAUCACCCGAAAUGCAAAGACCUCCCCCUCCACUCCCCACCCCUCCCAUAGUUUGAAUUUAUGGCUAAAAACAAUUGAAUAUCCAUCUACUAUACAUUAUAAAAUGUGCAUAAGGCAAAGAGAAAUGUUGUAUUUAGUUAAACAAAAAUAUCAGCAAUAAAAUGUGUAACAAACGAA